AUGGAGAAGGUUCAAGGGGAUUAUAAAACUCAGUUUGGGUUACUUAGGGAAUAUGCUGAACAGUUAAUGAAAUCGAAUCCAGGAACAACUGUUACCAUAGAUGUUGAACCAUCUAGUUGUAAGGCCAAAAGUUCAACAAGGCAGUUUAGGAGGAUUUAUAUUUGUUAUGGUGCAUUUAAGAAGGGUUUUAAGAUAAUUGGUAGAGACAUUCUAGGGUUGGACGGAUGCUUUAUGAAGGGGCCCUACCCUGGCCAAAUUUUAACAGCAGUGGGUGUUGAUGGAAACAACGGGAUUUAUCCUGUUGCUUUUGCUGUGGUUGAGUCUGAAACUACAAAGACCUGGACCUGGUUUUUAGAACAACUUGCUGUAGAUCUGGAGCUGCCAAGAACUGCCAACUUCACCUUCAUAAGCGAUAGACAAAAGGUGCCAUUGUGUUAUGGAAUACUACCUGCUGUUAGCAAGGUCUUUCCUAUGGCAGAGCAUAGAUACUGUAUUCGGCAUAUUCAUGAAAAUAUGAAGGCUAAUGCUAACUGGAGGGAUGAUAAGAUAAAGGGUCUAUUCUGGAAUGCUGCUUUGCAACAACAGUUCCUUGGUAGGCCAAAGUGUGACAUUCUUCUAAACAACAUUUGUGAAGUCUUCAAUAGGCAGUUGAUACAUGCUAGGGAUAAACCAAUCAUUACCAGUCUAGAGUGCAUCAGGGAAUACCUAAUGAAGAGGAAUCUUGUUGUACACAAGCUGAUUGCAAAGAGCAAAGGUCCUCUAACCCCCUAUGCAACUGAAGCCCUAGACAAGAUCAAACAAGAAGCUGCUGAGUACACUGUUAUCUUUAACUCUAUCUCCAAGUAUCAAGUUAAUGGGCCAAGAGACAACAAAGUAGUGAACUUGGUGGAGAAAAGUUGCACCUGCAGAAGAUGGGACUUGACUGGCAUCCCUUGCAAGCAUGCAGUUGCUUGUAUAUGGAACUUGGCCCUACAUGGCAAGGAUGAUGGUGUAUUGGAGAAGUGGGUUGAUAAAUCAUACUGGAUGCAGACUUGGGAAGGAUGUGUAUUCCCAUGUAAUUGA